AUGCCGCAGCCUGAGGCUGAAAGGGUUCGCCAGGAGCCUGUCGCUGCGCAGCCGGGCACUGGCUUCCGGGAUCUGGAUGAGAUGCGACGGUUGUUACAGCAACGGCAGGCUGCACAGCCUGCACAGCCCCGAGAGCAUGUGGAACUGCCUCCAGCGACUGCGCCAGAGUUGCAGGAGCAGUUCGUGCGAUUGACUCAGGAGAGGCGGGAGCUAAAGGAUUACGCAGAGCGCGUGACUCGCGAGCUUCGCCGCUAUCAGCAUAGUAGACCUCCACCAGAUGCCGGGCCAGAGGAUGACUUGCCGCUUCCGCCCUGGGCUACCAACAUGCAGAUGAUGUCGCCUCUUCUCUUUGCAUAUGAGGAACGUAUCUCAGAGCUGGAGGCUGUGAUUGAGCGGUCUGUGAGCAUUGCCGAGCAAGCACAGCUGCUCGCUCAAGAGAAUGACCAGCUCCGGGCCGAGCUUCACGAGCGCACAGAGCAGCUGCGAAAUGUGCAGCUACUGGGAUAUGGGACUGGAGAAGCUGGGUUGGUGGACGCACAGGAUCAGCACGAAGAGAUUCAGGAGCUGUAUCGGCUCAGUGUGGAGCAGAAUGAAGCUUUAGCGCAACAGAACCAGCUGCUGAAACUGCAGCUGGAGCGCAUGCAGCAGACGCUCGCGGCCGGACGACAACAGGCUCAAGAAGUCUACGCAAAGGCCAGCGAGAACACAAACGCUCUGGCUGAGGAAGUGCAGAGGGGCGAGACUUUGGCCCAGCAAAGAGCUAUUGCAGAGCAGCGCCUGGAGGAAGUGACUUCGGAACUCGUUGAUCAGGUCAGUAGGAGGGAUGCCCUCGAGGCCGAGAUGGAGUCCCUAAGGCACGAGCUUGAGGUGCAACGACAGACCAACGAGAUCAACCAGAAAUCUUUUCAGGAGAGAUGUGCUUUGGCUCUUGAUGAGGAGGAACGGCUCAAAGCCGACCUGGCCCGAACGCAAAAGCGCGAAGGCGAGUAUCGCCGCCAGGCCCUGGAAGCCCGGAACGGCCUGGACGAAAGGGCAGAAGAGCUACACUUGACUCGGAAGGAGCUGGAAGCCACGAAGCAGGAAGCCCAACAGCUCCUGCAGACAGCAGACACCAUGGAUCGACAGCUGGUUGACAUCCGACAAGCCCACGAGGAGAAGCUGGCCCAGCUGAAGGACCGCGAAGCCAGGCUGAUGGAGCUGCAGAUUGAGAAGGACCGUCUUAAGAGCACUGAGGAAGCCACCAAGAAGCAGGCCGAUCGCUUAGAGGCACGUCUGCGAGAUGAGAUCAACACCAUCAAGCGAGAGAAGGAGCAGGAACUUCAGACUCUGAGAAGCUCCCAGCAGAAAACGCUUGAAGACCUGCGCAAGAGGCUUCGCAACAGUGAGCAAACAUCUUCGGAGGCUACGGCCAAAGCUGAUCGGCUUGAAAAGCAGCAGGAGUGGCAGGCCUCAGCGCUUGAGAGGCAAAGCGCUUCCUACAAAGACGAGCACGACCGCCUCCAGAGCGACUACCAGGAGUCCCAGCAGGAGCGCAGGCGUCUGGAGCAGCAGCUGGUAGACGUCAACCAGCAGCUUGCAAAGCUGAGGAGCAGCAUGGAUACCGCUACCUCUGAUGCAAAGGAGCAACUUGCCCGAGCAGCUGCAGACCAGGCAAGCCUUCAGUCCCAGAACCAGGCUGUUGAGCAGCGUCUAAGCCAGGUGCAGCAGGAGUUACAGGCAACCUCAGCAAGAGCCAUGGCUGCUGAGGAAAGCCUUUCAAAAGUACAGCUUGAGCUGCAAGAGGCGCGCUUGAAGGCCAACAGCGAAAUGGAGGCCACAAAGCGCCAAGCUGAGGCCGACUACCGGCGUCUCACCCGCCAAAUGAAGGCCCUGCAGUCUCGAGCCCAAGAUGAGGAGCACCGUGCCUCGCAGCUUCUCAGGGCACAAGAAGCACUGAGAUUGCAAUGGCAGUCCGAACUGGGCGUGGAGCGCGAGGAGCUGGAGUCCCAGUUGGACAGGCUGCGUCGAGAGAAUGCUGCGAUCCGCAUCAGGGUCCGUGAUGGCUUCCAAACACUCGUCUCCGGCCCCGAAUUAGUUGCUCGCUCCCGUUAA